AUGUUCUUGAGUGAAGUGCUUGUAAAUAAUAUUGAGUAUUUCAUCUAGUACCUCUUGGCUGUGACCAAACACAGUAAAAUUUGCCAACGUUCCUUUUCAGUAAGGGAGGGGCUAAUUAAGAGCCCUUCAUAAAUACUUUAAAUUUUUUUCAACUGCUUCUAGGAUCUUAAGUUGCAGUGAGCACACACAUUGCUAAAGAUCAAGAAGAACAACACAACACACUAUAAAUGUUGCUGGUUGUGAUAACUGAUACAUAUUAAAAGAGAAACAGAAAGGCUGUUGGCUGGAGAUAAGGAGGGUGUGGCAAGUGUGACAGAGAUUCAUGGAGAUUGAGGAGGAGAGGGCAAAUGGGAGAAGCUCUGUGGAGGUUACAGAGAGAUCAGAAGGAAGAACAAGUAAGUAUGGGCAGGCUGCCAUUGCUGAUUCUAUGUAUUUGGUUUGGGAAAAUCUGAGUGUUAUGGUUCCAAAUCUCUGGAAUGGACAAAGUAAAAGGCUCCUGCUUGAUGGUCUCAAUGGCUAUGCUGAACCUGGUAGAAUCAUGGCCAUUAUGGGUCCUUCUGGUUCUGGGAAAUCAACUCUUCUUGACUCAUUAGCAGGUCGGCUGGCACAAAAUGCAGUCUUGACAGGAAAUAUUCUUCUUAAUGGGAAGAAGAGAAGGCUAGAAUAUGGCAUUGUGGCCUAUGUGACCCAAGAGGAUACAAUGUUGGGGACUCUAACAGUGAGAGAAACUAUAGCGUAUUCAGCCAACUUGAGGCUUCCAAGUUCUAUGACCAAAGAAGAAGUAAAUGAUAUUGUGGAAGGAGCAUUAUUGGAAAUGGGUCUACAAGAGUGUGCUGAUGGGAUUGUUGGAAACUGGCAUUUAAGAGGAAUUAGUGGGGGAGAGAAGAAAAGAUUGGGCAUUGCAAUGGAAAUCCUCACGAGACCAAGCCUCUUGUUCCUUGAUGAACCAACUAGUGGCCUUGACAGUGCUUCUGCUUUCUUUGUUAUUCAAGCUCUUAGGAGUAUUGCUCAUGAUGGAAGAACUGUUAUCUCUUCGAUUCAUCAGCCGAGUAGCGAGGUUUUUGCUCUGUUUGAUGAUCUUUUUCUACUUUCAGGAGGCCAAACUGUUUACUUUGGAGAAUCAAAAAUGGCAGCUGAGUUCUUUGCAGAAGCAGGAUUUCCAUGUCCAAGGCAAAGAAAUCCUUCUGAUCACUUCCUUCGCUGCAUUAAUUCAGAUUUUGAUGCAGUCAAUAUGACUUUAAUGAGUUCUCAAAGAGUAAGUGCAACCAAACUACUAACUACUUACAAACAGUUUUACUUUCAUAGAUUGAUGAACCUGUAUACUUCCUACAGCUGCAUAAAAAUUAGAUCCUCAAAUCUAACUCUCUUAAAAUCGCACUGCCCACUAAUAAUGCUCGAUGCUUUCUGUUGUCAUAUUGUAAGCUUUCGUGUUUACCAUUUUCUGUUUCUGUUACUUAAGGAAAACCAAAAACCUAUAGACCCUUUAUCGAAGUUUUCAACAGCAGAGAUGAAAGCAAAACUAGUAGGGAAGUACAAAUGCUCAGAGCAUGAGGCCAAAGUGAAAAUUAGGAUGAGAGAGAUAUCAGAAAUGAAAGGAUUUUCUAUACCAACUAAGAAAUGUGGAAACCAAGCUACAUGGUUGAAGCAACUCUCAACAUUGACUAGAAGAUCAACGGUGAACAUGUCCAGAGAUUUAGGCUAUUACUGGAUAAGAAUAAUUAUCUACAUACUCUUGUCCAUAUGUGUGGGCACGAUAUUCAUAAAUGUUGGUACAAGCUAUUCCGAUGUCUUUGCAAGGGCAUCUUGUGCAGCAUUUAUAUCUGGAUUUAUGACUUUCAUGGCGAUUGGAGGCUUUCCAUCAUUCAUUGAAGAAAUGAAGGUGUUCCACAAGGAAAGGCUGAAUGGGCACUAUGGGAUUGCUGUAUACACGUUAUCACAUUUUCUAUCUUCAUUCCCAUUCUUAGCUUUCAUGUCUUUUGCUUCUGCAACUAUAGUCUUCUACAUGGUCAAAUUUGAAACCGAGUUCUCUCGUUACGUUUUCAUCUCCCUUGACCUUCUCAGCUCCAUCGCAGUUGUAGAAAGCAUCAUGAUGAUCAUUGCUUCAUUAGUUCCCAACUUUUUGAUGGGUGUCAUCAUUGGAGCUGGUUACAUUGGUAUCAUGAUGAUGACUUCUGGUUACUUUAGGUUCGUACCAGAUCUUCCUAAGGUGUUCUGGCGUUACCCAAUGUCAUAUAUUAACUUUGGCGCCUGGGGUCUACAGGGCGCAUACAAGAACGAUUUGAUAGGAUUGGAAAUCGAUGCGGGUCUACAAGGAGGUCUAAAAAUAAAAGGAGAAGUGAUCCUUGAAAUGCUGCUAGGAUAUCAAGCUCAUCACUCCAAGUGGUUGGACUUAGGAGCUGUGUUAAUCAUUCUAGUCACUAGCAGGUUCCUCUUUAUUGUCAUACUCAAACUGAAGGAGAAAAUCUCACCUUUUCUUCAAACAUUCUACACGAAGCAAACUUUACGACGUAUCGGUAAGCCAUCCUUGGCUAUUAGAAAAGCUAAAGUCCCACAGUUCCCUUCCAAGAGACAUCAUCAACCUCUUUAUUCAUUGUCUUCUCAAGAAGGUCUCAACUCACCAAUCAAUUGAAGUGAGUGGGAUGAAGCAACUUUCUUUCAUACUAUAGCAUUGAAGGAGUUUAAAUUUACCCAAUUGAUAGGAAAGCAAAAAAAAAAAUACAAAUACAGAGAGAGAUGUUUUAGAUCUUUUAUAGUGAUGAAAAUUGUGCUUUCGUUAAGGAUGAUGGUGAAAACAAAGUUCGUUUUUAUUGUUAUCACUCAAGCUACGAGUAGAGACUUAUCAUUUAUUAUUUUGGAUUGCUGUAUAUUUUAUGAGGUUAUUUCUUAUAAA